UGGGAUUGGCGUAUGUGCCGUGUCGCCAUUGGGCCCUCAGACCCGCCAAAGCUCGGCGCGCGACUGCAUUGAGGCUAUGCUCUCUUGGCUGCUCCCGCAAGACAGUCAACUUUCCUGUUUCGAGCACAUCUCUCCAACUUUCACACCUUCUCUAGUCCACUGCUUUUCGCGCUUUUCUCCAUUCCCACUCCCAAGAUUGCCACCUUGAGUCGAGACAUCAUGGCCUCCGCGUUGCCAUGAACCGCUGGUUGAUCCUGGAGACGUGCCGGCGGCAACACAGCUAAGCCACAAUCUCAGGACACAAACUCCCGUCUUUUCUACUUCCGCUGCUCCCGCAAAUCCCAAUUCGACUCGCCAGACAGCCUUGCGCCCGUGUUGUCGAUACCGGUCGGCACGUUUGCGCCUGGCCUAUACCCAGACAGUUGUAUUGCUCAACCCGUCGCUGCGGACACGGCCGAACCUCACUAUCAUCUCUUUGUACUAUACUUGUCUUCUCAUACUAGCGUCCUCCCCGAGGAUACCCCGUCAGCCUAGCACCACUCGUCGUCAAUCGGAUUGCACCCAGUUGCCGGUCAGAAGAGCUCGACACCUUUUGAUAAACCCCCUAAUUUAUGCUUUUCCACCUUGGAAUCCAGUUUUCAAGAGGGAUCAUACCCCUAGUUGCUCAGUACGGUCGACGGCGGUGCCGCCUCCAGCGAUAACGUAACGGGACCCGCGCUGCGACCGUAGCAAGUCGAGCGGGCAGAUCGGCCAUCUGACAGUGAGAAGACAGGAUAGCUACUGUGCUGUGCCCGCUGUGAAGGCUAACGGAGAGCCGUAGGGCUGGAAGUGUACGGAGACAAUUCUUCGAUAUGGGGGACAAAGACAAGCCGGCGGCAUUGAGGCGGCCGCGCGCUCCUACAAUAACUGUCGACACGUCCAACGUGAACGAGCAUCAUGAUAUCGAAGUUAACUCGCCAUCCACGUUCUCCGGUAACACGAACACGCUAGCUGUGCCGACCGGAAACAGAACGAGAGGAGGCUCUGUGGAUUCAUUCUCGUCAGCCGGAGCUAGUAGUCAAACGUACGUUGAGUCCAUUCCGGCAUCAGCAUCUAAAUAUCAGAGUUCUGAAAGAUCGAGAUCCAGUUACUCCGAGAUGGGCGAAGAGGAUGUAUUAGCUCCCCGGGAGGGAGAAGACGAGACGUUCAACAUCGAAGACAAUCCAUUCGCGUUCGUGCCCGGUCAGAUGUCCCGUCUCUACAACCCAAAGAGCUUGGAGGCUUUCAAGGCAGUCGGGGGUUUAGGAGGUCUGGAGUACGGCCUGCGAACGGACAUCAAGACAGGUCUGAGCCCUGACGAGCAAAAGCUGGACGGCAAGGUCACAAUAGAAGAGGCAAGGGCCAAAGCAUCAGAUACGACACGAAAAUCAGCGGUAAAGCCUGCGGUCUCGGGUGGUGAUGACGCGAUCACGCCUACGAAAGUGGCCAAAUCUGCCUUUGAAGAUCGCAGACGAGUGUUUGGCGAGAACAGGCUGCCGGAAAAGAAGCCGAAAAACAUCUUGCAACUGGCGUGGAUAGCGCUGCAGGACAAGAUCCUGAUCUUGUUGAGCGUUGCCGCCGUCGUCUCGUUAGCACUUGGCUUGUAUCAAACGUUUGCGGGUACCGAGCCUGGAGCCAAGGUCGAGUGGGUUGAAGGCGUGGCCAUUAUUGUGGCUAUCUUUAUCGUAGUGAUGGUUGGCGCUGUGAAUGACUGGCAGAAGGAGAGGCAGUUCAUGAAGCUAAACAAGAAGAAGGACGACAGGCUUGUGAAGGUCAUCAGAUCGGGAAAGACGAUGAAGGUCAGCGUCUAUGAGUGCUUCGUAGGCGAUGUUAUGAUUCUCGAACAGGGCGACGUUCUGCCUGUUGAUGGCAUUUUUAUCGACGGCUACAAUGUCAGCUGCGACGAAUCUUCAGCCACGGGUGAGUCUGAUCUCAUGAAGAAGACGCCAGCAAAUGAGGUUUGGCGCGCAAUGCAGGAAGGUCGCAGUUUAAAGAAGAUGGAUCCAUUCAUACUCUCUGGCGCGAAGGUUGCUGAAGGUGUUGGCUCAUUCCUCGUCACUGCUGUUGGUGUGCAUUCGAGUUACGGCAAGACCAUGAUGGCUCUGAGGGAGGACAACGAAGUGACUCCUCUCCAGUACAAGCUGAAUAUCCUUGCUGGCUACAUUGCAAAACUUGGUUCCGCAGCGGGCUUACUUUUGUUCACGGUCACCUUUAUCGAAUUCCUAGCCCGCCUUCCGAAUAACGAUAAGGAUGCACAAGGCAAAGCACAGGAAUUCCUACGCCUCUUCAUCACGGCUGUGACCAUCAUCGUCGUGGCUGUGCCUGAAGGUUUGCCUCUUGCAGUCACGCUCGCCUUGGCAUUUGCCACCAAACGUAUGACUAAGGAUAACAACUUGGUGCGACACCUGCAGUCGUGUGAGACCAUGGGCAACGCUACGGUGAUUUGCUCCGAUAAGACUGGCACUUUGACUCAGAAUGUCAUGACCGUGGUCGUGGGCACACUUGGAUCCGGUGGCUUUCGGUUUGGCGACAAGAAUAAAGUGCCUGAAGAUGCCAACGAGACAACGGAUGAAAGGGAGCCGAACCUUGCUGCUUCAGACGAAAGCAGCCCAACCGGCGGCGAAGCGGAUCCCAUCUCACCAGUCUCUGAUAUUGAAGGACGUCCCUCUACUGAUUCAGGAAAGAAACGGAUGUCCGUGGCCUCAUCGCAGAGCCCUCACGUGGUGGUCACAAUGAACGAGAUUUCCAACAAGCUCAGCCCCGAGAUGAGAGAUCUAUUUAAGCAGGCUAUUGCGAUCAACACGACUGCUUUCGAAGGCGAAGAGAACGGCAAGUUUGCAUUCGUGGGCACGAAAACCGAGACUGCUCUCUUGGAUUGGGCUAAGCUAUGCCUUGGCCUGGGCACCCUCAGCGUUGAACGUUCCAACUUCCCGGUCGUGCAGUUGUUCCCGUUCGAUUCGAAACACAAGUGUAUGGGUGUCGUUGUCAAAGUCUCUGAUAACACGUAUCGCGUGUUCUUCAAGGGUGCACCCGAGAUAUUGCUUCCUCAGUGCAAUCGAAUUUUGGAGGAUCCAUCGGAGAAGCUUAGUGAUGUUCCGAUCCGGGAUUCGCACAGGAAUGAAAUCAAGGCUAUCCAGUCUCAUUAUGCCUCGCUCUCUCUGCGUACGAUUGGUUUCUCGUAUGCAGACUACGAGCAGUGGCCGCCAGCCAAGGCGAGCAGAUUGCAGGACAACCCGGAUCUGGUAGAAUUCUCGUUCGCCUUCCGCGAAAUGAUAUGGAUGGGCAUCGUGGGUAUUCAGGAUCCUGUUCGACCAAGCGUGCCAAAGGCGGUGCAGGACUGCAAACGUGCCUCGGUUCGUGUUAAGAUGGUCACUGGUGACAACGUCGAAACGGCCAAAGCCAUUGCUCGAGAAUGUGAUAUUCUUCCAAAGGAUGGAUUGGUCAUGGAAGGCCCCGAAUUCCGACGACUCUCCGAGACGGAGAUGGAUGCCAAAGUGCUCGAUCUAUGCGUCCUUGCUCGUUCCAGCCCGGAAGACAAACGUAUCCUCGUAAAGGCGCUCAAGAGACUCCAUCAGGUUGUCGCUGUCACGGGUGACGGUACGAAUGACGCACCUGCACUCAAGGCAGCCGAUGUUGGGUUUUCUAUGGGAAUUACGGGAACUGAAGUCGCAAAAGAGGCAUCGGACAUUAUCCUCAUGGAUGACAAUUUCGCGUCAAUCGUCAAGGCACUCAUGUGGGGUCGCACAAUCAACGAUGCUGUUAAGAAGUUCUUGCAGUUUCAGAUCACGGUCAACAUCACCGCCGUCAUUCUAACGUUUGUUUCGGCUGUUGCCAACGAUGAAGGUCAAGCUGUGCUAAAUGCCGUGCAACUUCUCUGGGUCAACCUUAUCAUGGACACAUUUGCUGCGUUGGCUCUUGCUACGGAUCCCCCUGCAGGAUCUCUGCUCGAUCGUAAACCCGAACCAAGAAACUCCUCCCUUAUCUCACUCACCAUGUGGAAGAUGAUUAUUGGACAAAGCAUAUUCCAGCUCGUUGUCACAUUCAUACUUUACUUUGCGGGUCCGGGUUGGUUCCACUACCCAGCACGUCAGCAAGCCGCUCUUGUCUUCAACGUCUUUGUCUGGAUGCAGAUUUUCAACGCUGUCAAUGCUCGUCGUAUUGAUAACAGCUUUAACAUCUUCGAGGGCUUCUUCAAGAACUGGAUCUUCAUAGUCAUUCUGCUUAUCAUGAUUGGUGGUCAGACUCUUAUCAUCUUCGUUGGCGGUGAAGCUUUCGUCGUCACGAAGCUCACAGGCCCUCAAUGGGGCAUCUCCAUUGUCCUAGGCUUCUUAUCUAUCCCGUGUGGUCUUCUAGUCAGAUUAAUCCCAGAUAGGUGGAUCUCGAAGUUCAUCGACAAGCUUAUCCCGGAAGCAUUACGACGCAGACGUGUUCGUGUUGAGGAUACUGAAGGUGGCUCCUACGAUCUUGCGCGUGCACUUUUCGAUGUUCGUGACGAUCUUGCCUUUCUCAAGCGGGUCCGUGGCGGCAGGAUCAAUCAGCUGAAGCACAAGAUACAACAUCCUAAAGAAAUUCUCCAGCGUUCACGUUCUGGGAGCCGGCUUAGUAGUUCGCCAAUGCAGUCCGCCUUGGGUAUGCCUGGCUUGCUAGCUGGUAGCAUUGCCGGGCUGAGUCCAAUUGAACGGCCAAUACACUCUAGAGAUCACAGUACUUUGAGUCCAGAGUCGGCAGGAGAGGCAAAGCCUCGAGAGCAUGUUUGAUACACAAACGUGUCAACAGGAACACAAGCAUGCAUCCGCGUCCACAGAUCGUGGAGAACAAUGUGCUAAAUAGCAUCCUGCUUUUCAGCAUCAACGAUAGCCGUCGUAUCAUGCUGCAUUCAAAGUUGAGGAUAGAAAAUCGUCAGGAUCCUGGCACCCGCCAUCAUGGACAGAAACCUCGCGGUCUCUGCCUGAGAGUUUUGGCCGCUCUAUCACGAACGCCUCCGCUGCAGCCUUUGCACAACAUGUGCAAGGAAGUAGCUUUCAACUUACCAAUGCCGAAUUUAUAGAUCUUAUCGGAAGACGCUAUGGGUUCCGAAAGGUAGAAACCAAAAUCGCGCUGGACUCUGUGGAUUGUGUAUAUCUUAAACAUGACACGGGUCGGAUUCUUGUCUGCGGAGACAGGAAUGCUUUUCACAACCAAGACGGCAUCCAAUUGCCCCACAAAUCCUUAUCUCAUCUCACAUAGCAUGGUCGAAACCGCACACUCUCGCUUUGUCAUUUCACAGACGUUUUAGCAGCAUACAGAAAGCAUGGGCAUGGUGUCGAGGCGGCGCAUUUGAGUACGGCACUAGAAAGAACGCCGUGUAUUCUUCAUGUAAAAAAAUAUUUUCUGAUUGGGCAAAAAGCGAGAUUGUGUGACAUCUCGCACAACAAGACUUUUAUUUUUGGAUACUGUACCUCUGGCCUGUGCAUAUUGGCUGUCCGCUGUGAUUCUUCGUAGGUUGGCUGUCGACGCUGUGAUCAAAUGACUCUUCUUUUCCG